AUGGGAUAUACGAUUAAACAAAAAAUUGAAAUAUGUUUAAAGUCAGAGAAUAAUCCCAAAAUGACACAAAGUGAUCUAGCUAAAUGGGCUCAACAGCAGUAUAAAUCUGAUAAACAACCUUCACAAACAACUAUAUCGAGGAUAUUGAGUAAUAAGAAUGAUUUAAUAGCAUCUAAAGAAGCAGAUUUCCAAUUAGUUAGAAGGCGGAAGAAAUUGAAUCCUAUAUUAAGACAGAUCUUGACUGAAUGGGUAACACAAUCAAUUUGGGAGAAAUUACCUAUUACAACCCCCAUAAUCCAAAGCACAGCCAAUUCUAUUUGGACACGAUUACCUUUGGAGGUGAAAGAUGGUAAUGGGAUCUUUAAUCAGAAAUGGUGUAAUCAAUUCAUGAAGAAACUCAAUGUCAACUUGGCGGGCAGUGAAGAAGAUAUUAAUGAUAAUUUUGGUUACAAAUUGAAUAAAAUAUGGCAAUUAGAUGAAAAGCUUGAUCUUAAAACUUAUCUCAAGAAGAUUAUCAGUAAGAAUGAAUACAAACCUCAAGAUAUAUUCACAAUUGAUGAAUUCCAGAUAUUCUAUUCAUUACCAUUAGAUCAGAUAUUUGAUAUCAAUUCCAUUGAUAAGGGAUUGAAACAAUCCUCAUCAUCAACAGAAAAUUCCUUAACAGUUAUGUUGGGUACUAACAUCGACGGGUCGGAAAAGUUAACUCCUUUAAUUGUAGGUAAACAUGAUAAACUUGAUGUGAGUCAAAGUUCUUUCCAAUCUUUGAAAAAUAAUCACCAUAAUGAACAUAUAAUGAACAAAUUAACAGAAACUUAUAGAAUCUUCUAUAAAUCCAAUAUCAAUAAAUGGAUAACUUCCACCAUGUUCCAAAAUUAUCUCUUAACAUUAGAUCAUAAAUUAUCUAAUGGUAAGAAACGAAAGAUUUUAAUCAUCUUAGAUGAUAGUUCAAGUCAUAGGAUAUUGAAUUUGAAGUUUGAAAACAUCAAAUUGGUAUAUUUGAAGAAUAAUACCAGUCACAAAUCACCUUUUAAUUCCCUUUAUAAUGGAGUCAAUUUUGAUUACUUACCUAUGAAUUUUGGGAUCGUACAAGAGUUUAAGAUCUUAUACCGUUUACAACAAUAUCUAGAAAUGAUUAAAAUCCAAAGGAACCUUAAAUCUGAUAAACCUUUGAAUAAUCUACAAAUGAAUAAUUCUUCUACUGAUGUGUUGUCGGAAUCAGAUUAUAAUAUUCCUAUAAUCAAAGCCAUUGAAUGGAUAAGAAGGUCAUGGGAUGCUGUUUUACCAGAAAAGAUUCUUUCUUCUUGGAAAAGAACUCACCUUAUUAAUAUAAGCCAAUCCUGGCCCCAAGACGGCGUAGAUCUCAUGAUCCAAAACCUAACCAAAAUUGACCUUGAUUCCAAUUAUAAGAAAUUAUCUCAAGUUAUAGGAUACUUAAAUGUUGUAUUACCAUGGCAAGUAGAUGAUUUAUUAGGCUUAGUCAAUGAAAGAACUAAAGCAACGUUAAAUUAUAUUUCUAUUGAAGAGAUCGUUACCAGUUGUCUUUCAGAAUCUCAAAUUGAUUCUGAUAACGAUUAUCAAGUCAGUCAACUUGAUAAUUUCUUUAAUAUCAACUUAAACUCCAUGAAUGUAUUGGAGAACAAUUUCAAUGGGAACUAUAAUAAUUUUAAUGAAUUUAAUGAUAAUUUUAAUAAUGAUUUCAAUGAAAAUGUAAAUGUGAAUGAGAAUGUUAAUGUAAAUGUUAAUGGCAAUGGUGGUGAUGUUAACGUACCUAAAAGAAUGAACCCAGACCUUGAUACGAUGUCUAUUAGUGCCUUAUUAGCAGCAGCAGAUGAGAUGAAGGAAGAAUUACCUAGCCAAUUACCUAAUCAAGUACCUCAUUUACAAAGUAAUCAAAAUCAACCUGUGAUUCCAAUUCCAUCCAUAAAUGAUCAAAUGCCAUCAAAUCAAAUUUUAAACAACCAGUUACCAACAAUUCCUGAACUAAAUCAAACCCAGACCUUGAAAAGAAAAUUAUCUUCGGUAUCUAAUGAACCUUCAAAGAAAUAUAGUAGCCCUAUAAAUGAUUCAUUACCUUCAUCAUCAACACCAUCUCCUUAUAAUGGGACCAUUCCAUUGUUCAGUAAGAAAUUGUAUUCCGGGAUAACCUUCAAAUCUUCAAGUUCAGGUAAUUUAACAACUGUUGGAGAUAGAGAUUUGAUAAAGUAUUUAAGUAGAGUUGUAGAAGCUGCAAAUUUGGAUCAAGUGAAGUUCAGUGAUCAAACAAUCAAUGAGUUGAAAUUGAAUCUUACUACUAUUAAAAAUAGGUACGAUAAACGAGAUUGA